AUGCUCACUCUUUUACUUCUCUUCAUCCGCGCUUUUCUUGAAGCAGAAAUCUAUAUAGGCCUCCAUAUUACCCUGCAUCUUACAAUUUCUCUUAUCGCGGUGGUCUUCUCAAACAUGCAUGUACUUUCCGCCCUGAUCGUAUCCAGUCCCGCCGCCCUGGUGGCGUUUACCACUGCGCGUAACAUUCUCCCCUCGCCUGUCGAUAACCCUAUCUCCUACAUCCUCGGUCAACAGGAGGACAGCGCUACGGAACUGGGAAAUCGAGCAGUCGGAGCUCGAUGCGGCCCCGAUUUUGGAAAGUGUCCUGAUGGUCACUGCUGCUCAACCGCUGGAUACUGUGGCAACACAAAGAACCAUUGUCGCUCACCCGACUGUCAGAUCGAUUACGGUCAUUGUGAUGCUCAUAAGACCCCCGGAGGAGCUCCGACCGACUCCGUUCCCCGGCCCCAGCUCGGCCAUGUUGCGUAUGGCCCGCAUACUGUUCGUUCUUGCUCUGUCCCGGGAACGGUUGCGUUGACGUACGACGAUGGUCCAGGUCCAUACACCAAGGAUCUCCUGGACUUGCUUGACAAGUAUGAUGCAAAGGCCACCUUCUUUAUCACCGGUAACAACAACGGUAAAGGGGAGAUUGACGCACCUGACAAGCCAUGGGUCGAGCUGAUCCAGCGUAUGCAUCACAAAGGACACCAGAUCGCAAGCCACACCUGGUCCCAUCAGGACCUUAGCAAGAUUUCCAAAGAACAGCGUCGCGUUCAGUUGCUGUGGAAUGAGGUAGCCCUCCGCAAUAUCUUGGGUGGCUUCCCAACUUAUAUGCGUCCCCCAUACUCCAGUUGCACUCCUGAGUCUGGCUGUCUGAAAGACAUGGGGUCGUUGGGCUAUCAUGUUGUCCUGUAUGACAUCGACACGGAAGAUUAUCGCUACGAUAGUCCUGCUAUGAUUCAGCGUUCGAAAGAUAUUUUCGAUAAAAACAUCGCUCGCGGAAAGCCAUCCGACACGUCCUGGUUGGUGAUCGCCCACGAUGUUCAUGAACAGACUGUGCACAACCUCACCGAGCACAUGCUGAAGAAGCUUCGAUCCAAUGGGUAUCGCCCAGUGACCGUUGGCGAGUGUCUCGGCGACAAGGCGGACUUCUGGUAUCGUACAAAUGUCACAUUCGGCAAAGACCUACUUCUGCGAAAGCCCUCCGGGGUCAGAAAGGGCAAAAUAAUCUCACGAGACGGCGUGUGCAGCAACGGCAUCACCUGCACUGGGUCCGCCUUUGGCCCUUGCUGUAGUAAGACCAACCGCUGUGGCAGUUAUACCUCGCAUUGUGGAGCAGGCUGUCAGCCUGAUUAUGGCAAGUGCAGAGUUCUCAGCGAGUCUGACAAGCACCAUCACAAACACCCCCAUCAUGCACUUUCUGACAUGGGAAAAGCUGCCUUAAAAUCAGAAGCAUCGUCAUGGUAUGGACGUGGUCCUUUUCUCGCAGGGUUGGUUCUGCUGUUAGUGGCACUUGUGUUGUUGGUAUGA